AGAUAUCCGCAAUAUUGUACAAAACUAUUAUUAUUGAAAAUAUUUUAAUAAACUUCUGUAGCUGCAACUAACGUAGCGAAAAAUCUAAAAUGGAAUCCGACAAAGAAAAUAUUAUUCAAGCUUUAGUUGUUAUGGACCUUUUCAAUAACAAUUUUAGCCCCAUAUGCCAUAAUAAACCUAUUGGGUUAUUACCAAUCGCGGGAGUUCCUCUCAUUGAAUACGUCCUGGAUUCUCUAAAUACAGGUGGAGUCGCCGAAGUCUAUUUGUUUUGCUGUUACGAUGGGCCUAAAAUAAAAGAAUAUAUAAAAAAACGUAAACAAGAAAAAGCAACAUGGAGUCUUAUGUUAGAUGUACAAAUUAUUACAUCAGACACUUGUCAGACUAUGGGGGAUGUGAUGAGAGAGGUAGAUGCUGCAGCAAUACUGCGAGGUUACUUUAUACUACUUGGUGUAAAUACCAUCACCAAUGUCAAUUUUGCCUCCUUAUUAGAACAGCACAAGUUAUUGUGCAAGAAGGACAAAGGUGCUGCAAUGACUCUUGUGUAUAAAGAAGUAUCAUGGAAGCAUCCAUUAAUUAAAAAUGACACUUCAAUAUUACUAGCGGCCAAUAGUACUACUAAAAAAAUUUUGUUGCACAAGAAGUAUAAAAGCAAUUCCAAUGAUGCUACUUUUACAUUACCACUAGACUGUGUAUUGCAACAUUCGGAAGUGAAGUUACAUCACAAUCUCAUUGAUGGUAACAUUGCACUGUGUUCUCCAUCGGUGCCCCCACUAUUCUCCGACAAUUUUGAUUUUCAAACUAGACAUGAUUUUAUACACGGAAUUCUUAUAAAUGAAGAUAUUUUAGCGAGCUCCUUAUAUUAUACACUUAUUAAAGGAAAUCAAUAUGCUGCUGCCGUUACAAACUGGAAAACUUAUCAAACUAUAUGUUGGGAUAUACUACAUAAUUGGGUUCACCCACUGAGUAUUGAGACUGGUAUGUUACAGCGUAACACAUUCUUGCUGUCUGAAAAUAGUGUAGCCAGAAAAUUUGAUUGCAAAUUGAGCAGGUCCAGUGUAAUGGAAAAUAAUGUUAUUAUUGGCACGAACACAGUCAUAGGAGAUUCAACUAUAAUAGAACAAUCUGUUAUUGGUAACAAUUGCGUAAUUGGCAGUAACUGCACUAUCAAAGGAUGUCAUAUUAUGAAUAAUGUUAUUAUCAAAGAUAACUGCACAAUCAAAAAUUGUUUUAUUGAUAACAAUAGCAUUGUUGAGGAAAAUUGUAACCUAGAAGGCGUUUUAGCUGCCUCCGAUUCAAGAGUAACUUCUCAAAGCACACUCAAAGGGGCUGUACUGGAUGAGGCAGACAAAGCAACUAAUGACAAAACAUUACUGAAAUCAGCAUCUGAUGGCACUGACUGGGAAAAUGAAUCAUCAGGUGAUGAUGAUGAAUUCAUUGGGUUUGAAAAGGUAUGGAGUGACAGCGAGUCAUGUUACUCUUCCGACAGCAGUGUUGACUCCUCAAUGCCCGGCUCACCGAUUCCUGAUGAUACAAACAUAUUUCUUCAAGAGGUCAUUGACAGUCUUGCUAGAGGAUAUGAGGAGAAACUUAAAUGUGAUUAUCUUAUUCUGGAGAUCAAUUCCUCAAGAUAUGCAUACAACAUACAGCUACAUGAAGUUAAUUUCUUUGUCAUAAGAGCCAUGCUCAGCAUGCCAAUGUUAAUUAACAGCAAGAGUGUGCUCAGCACAGUCAAAGACAUUCUAAAGUACUUCAGACCGGUUUUAGCUAAUUACAUUAAAACUAAGCCGUCAAUUAUGGAUUGUCUCAAAGCUAUUGAGGAAAGUUGUUUGAAAAAUGAGUGGCUAAAUGGCAAGAGUGGUCAAGUUAUACACUUGUUUUAUGAAAUGGAUGUUGUUGAUGAAGAUUCACUGCUAGAAUGGCAAAAUGACAUGCAAGAAGAUGAGAGUCCACUGUGUAAAGAAGCAUCAUUAGUCAAAUUCUUUGAAUGGCUGCAGCAAGCCAGCGAGGAAAGUGAAGAAUCAGAUUAAUUAAUACAUUUAAUUGUAAUAUAUAUUAUAUUGUUA